AUGAAGCUUCUUCUGAUCUGUGCUCUGCUGGUGGCAGUUGGUGAGUCUCUUCCUGGUGAUUAAUAUGGAAAUCUAGCUUUUAAAUUAACACAUUAUAUUUUAUCUAUACAAAGGGUUGUGGGUGCAGAAAUCUCCUUACGGCUGAUGUUCUCGAGUGAAAAUGAACCUUUUUACUUUUUUUUCUGCCCACAGGUGCAUUUGAGGAUGAUGAUGAUAAGAUUGUUGGAGGUUACAUCUGCACCAAGAACUCUCUCCCAUACAUUGUAUCCCUAAAUAUCGGUUACCAUUAUUGUGGAGGUUCCCUGAUUACCAGCCAGUGGGUGCUCUCUGCUGCUCAUUGCUACAAACCGUAAGUAUUUAACCUCUAGAUAGAAAUGUACAAUGACAUCUUUCUGCUUAAGAGCUUUUUGUUUUUUUAAUGACUGGUUUAAAAGAAUAAAAGUCUAUUAGACAUUCUAUUCCUCUGGUGUCUUCCUUUGUGUGCUUGGUUUAUGUCCUAUCCACAGGUUGGGAAGCUAAAGAGAAAAACAUGGGUAUGGACUGACAGAGAAACAAAUGGCAGAUGUGUCACUCUGCGGCCUUCAUUGUGUCACUGCAAAUGUAAUAGAAUUCCCCAAAACAUUGGAUUUGUAUUGGUCAUUGAACUAAAUGAAUAGAUUGUUUGGGAAACUGUAGAAUGUUUACAUCCCUUGCUCCUACACACACAAUCUCCCAUUAUGGUUGCAAUUUUUAUACAAUGAAAUUAUCACUAAAUCAGAGGAAAUGUUGCUCAUGUCAUAAUCAGGUAGUUGUUAUUAUUCUUAUUGGCAUUUAUAUAUUGAUAACUUAUUCCACAGUGCUUGGUUAAAUCUAAGUUCACAAAAAUAAUCUCAAAUACCAACACACGUGUAUCGGAUUUCCUAUAUUCCCUCUUGCAGGAGCUUUCAGGUCAUUCUGGGAGAGCACAACAUCGCUGUGAGUGAGGGCACUGAGCAGGUUAUUAGCUCUGUCAAGGUCAUCAAACAUCCCAGCUACCAGUCCAGCAAGACAGACAAUGACAUCAUGCUGAUCAAGCUUGCCUCUCCUGCCAUCCUGAACUCCUACGUGAAUACUGUGUCUCUGCCCUCUGGCUGUGCCCCCGCUGGUACCAGCUGUCUGAUUGCCGGAUGGGGAAACACACUGAGUAGUGGCAGUAAGUUCAUACUAAUGCAUAAAUACUUUGUGGGUUGACAUGGGUUUUGUGGUUAUCAAAUUAUUAUUAAAAAUUGUGUUUUCAAAUAACUUAGGUGCUUACUCAAUGAACAGUUCUAUAGGAGGGAGAUUCCAUGUUAAAACUAGGUAUUAGUCUGCCCCCAGAAUAUAAUAGGACAAACUAAUUAAUUUCUAAUUUUUUGACAUUACAAAAGGGUAGAAUUUAAAUUUAUAUGACAUGAUCUGCAUGCCGGUAUUGUGGUAAAGCAUACCAAAGAUAACAAAGCAUGAAUAGAUAUUGGUUUUCUGUUUCUACUAGCACAGGAACUGUUAGAGACAGUAAAUAAUAACUAAUUUACCCUUCUAGUUUAAUUAAUACCAGUAGAUAUUUGAGCCACAGACUAUUUGUUCCCUCAAAGUGCUCUCUUUGUUAAGAAAGUUACAGGAAACGUUCUAAUCUCAUCAGCCAAUCGUCAGCCAAUCCAUGGAGCCAAUCCAAUAAGCUUUAAGUGAAUUCAGACUGUAUUUUUCAAUGUUUCAUUAACAGAUAAGAAUGUUUUAUCUAGGAUUUAGUUCACAUGUAACAAUAUUACCAGUUAAUUAAAUCCUGCUUUAUUGUAGCCAAUUACCCAGAUCUCCUGCAGUGUCUCAACGCCCCAAUUCUGACCGAUAAACAGUGCAGCAAGUCCUACCCUGGGAAAAUCACUGGUAACAUGUUCUGUGCUGGUUUCAUUGAAGGAGGCAAGGAUUCCUGCCAGGUAAUAUAUUCAAUCAUGUUUCUUAUUGUUGAGUACUUAUACAUAUUAAUUAAUAGAUACCCAUUUAUAUAGCUAUAUAGCUAUUAUAUAUUAUAUUUCUGGUAAUGGCUACAAUGAGAAAAGUAGCUGCUCACCUUUAGUGAGUUUAUAAAUAUAGGUAUACGUAAUCCUGUAACUAAAUGUUAUGAUUAAAAUUAUAUUGAGGGGAUGAUAUAUUUAUAUAAUAAGUCUAUAUAUUGACACAAUACCAUCAUAUAGAUUUUGUGGCGUUAUUAUAUACAUAUACCAGAUGAAUUUGGAUGUUGUUGAUUAUUUUAUUUUAUAUGCAUAUUAUAUUCUCUGUAAUAUAUGUAUCAGUAAUGUCUUACAAUCUCUGUCAUUUUCCCCCAGGGUGACUCUGGUGGCCCCGUGACCUGUAAUGGUCAGCUCCAGGGUGUGGUCUCCUGGGGAAUUGGCUGUGCUCUGAGGAAUUACCCCGGAGUAUACACCAAGGUCUGCAACUACAUCGACUGGAUCCAGAACACCAUCGAUUCAAACUAA